GUUAAGCCCCUGAUGCACGCACCCGCACUUACUGACACUAGGCUGAACCAGAGUAGCCAUUAUGCCUAAUAUGCGCGUCUUUGGGACAGUGUGGGAUAUCGGAGUACCUGAAGAAAAUCCGAAUAAACAUUGGAAGAAGGGAUGGACUUUCCCCUCAGACUGUGACAUGACUGGGAACAGAAUCCGGGUCCGCUGAGUUGCAAGACAGCAACAGCACCACCCCAAAGUUAGCUAAUAACAAUGCCAUUAUUAUGAUUACUAGUGAAAUUUUUAUGUAUUAUUAUUUAAGCAUAUAGUGCGUGCAUGUUCAGUGUAGGUAAGAGAUCUGAAAAUUCAGCACCUAAAAAAUAACUGCAUGCGAAGGAGUCCUCCUCCGCGGAUUCCACUCCGGCGUCUGAGCUCGCCGGUCCAGAUAGAAUCAGUUGUAGGAGGGGAUACGGAGACUCCUGCAGGCUGAAUCUAACAGCCUGCUUCUGCAGGUGAACACAGUGAUGCUGUAUAGGAAGAACUGGGGUUUAAUCCAGCAAAGAUGGUUUUUUUUUUCUUUUUUUUUUCCUUUUUUUUUUUUUUAGACUUGUAGCAAAAGCUGGAGAAUUUUGCAUAAUGUACAAUGAGCACAAAAUUGUCGCGGACACAGAAUUUUAUACAAGACUUCAAUGAAUACAAAUUAGAUACGCUAUUUUGAAGCAUCUUUGGAAUAUUAAAAGGCUGGAUCUCAUUGCUUCGUAAUGAUGAGAAAUAUUUGGUUCUGUCCGCGGAGUGUGAUCUUGGAAUACUGGACAGCACUUGUUUUGUUCGUCUUUUGGAUUCAGUAUUCUCGCGGGAUGCCUCAUGUCAUUCGAAUCGGAGGAAUCUUUGAACUUAUUGAAAGUGCUGGAGGCCAGCUUGUAAGCGCAGAAGAGCAAGCCUUUAAAUUUGCUGUCAAUAGCAUUAACAGAAAUAGGACUCUGCUGCCAAAUACUACACUAACAUAUGAUAUACAAAGGAUGAAUAUUUACGAUAGUUUUGCUGCAUCAAGGAAAGCCUGUGAUCAGCUUUCUUUAGGUGUGGUUGCAAUAUUUGGACCAUCUCACAGUUCCUCGUCUAACGCAGUCCAAUCAAUUUGUAAUGCAUUAGAAGUGCCGCAUGUCCAAGUGAGAUGGAAGCAUCAUCCGAUGGAUAACAGAGACACAUUUUAUGCUAACUUGUAUCCAGACUACUCCUCACUUAGCAUUGCCAUCCUAGACCUUGUUCAGUUUUUAAAAUGGAAGACCGCCACUGUAGUUUAUGAUGAUAGCAUGGGUCUUAUUAGACUACAGGAACUGAUAAUGGCACCCUCCAGGUACAAUAUCCGUUUAAAAAUCCGGCAGCUACCUCUGGACACAGAUGAUGCUAGACCGCUACUGAAAGAAAUGAAGAGGAGCCGGGAAUUUCGGAUCAUUUUUGAUUGCACCCACAUAAUGGCAGCACAGAUUUUAAAACAGGCACUGGCCAUGGGAAUGAUGACUGAAUACUACCACUACAUCUUUACUACUUUGGACCUUUAUGCACUUGACUUAGAACCAUAUCGCUACUGUGGAGUUAAUGUAACUGGGUUCCGGAUUUUGAACACAGACAACCCGCACGUGACUUCCGUGGUAGAAAAAUGGUCUAUGGAGCAACUCCAAGCAACACCAAAGCCAGAAUCGGGACUUAUAGAUGGAGUUAUGACGACAGAUGCUGCUCUGACCUAUGAUGCUGUUCAUAUAGUGUCUGUGUCGUAUCAACGAGCCCCCCAGAUGACUGUCAACUCUUUGCAGUGUCACCGACACAAACCUUGGAGGCUUGGUGGUCGCUUUAUGAAUUUUAUCAAAGAGGCCCAAUGGGAAGGACUAACAGGCCGGUUGGUGUUCAACAAGUCUAGUGGACUGCGGACUGAUUUUGAUUUGGACAUAGUCAGUUUAAAAGAAGAUGGGCUUGAAAAGGUUGGAACCUGGAAUCCAUCAGAUGGCCUUAACAUUACAGAGAUUCCACGAAGUCGAGGGAUAAAUAUCACAGAUUCUCUUACGAACCGCUCACGUGUCAUCACCACCAUUUUGGAGGAGCCAUAUGUCAUGUUUAAGAAGUCUGACAAGGCGCUUGCUGGUAAUGACCGAUUUGAGGGGUUUUGUAUUGACCUUCUGAAGGAACUGGCAAAUAUCCUAGGAUUUAUGUACGAGAUUCGGCUGGUGCCUGAUGGAAAAUAUGGAGCACAGGAUGAGAAGGGACAAUGGAAUGGCAUGGUGAAAGAACUCAUGGAACAUAAAGCUGACCUUGCUGUUGCACCACUUACUAUUUCUUAUAUUCGAGAAAAAGUGAUUGACUUUUCCAAGCCUUUCAUGACCCUGGGAAUAAGCAUUUUAUACAGAAAACCAAAUGGUACCAAUACUGGAGUCUUUUCAUUUAUGAAUCCGCUGUCACCAGACAUUUGGAUGUACGUUCUCCUUGCCUACCUGGGAGUUAGCUGUGUUCUUUUUGUGAUUGCAAGGUUCAGCCCUUAUGAGUGGUAUGAUGCUCAUCCUUGUAACCCUGGUUCAGAUGUUGUGGAGAACAAUUUCACUCUGCUUAACAGCUUUUGGUUUGGUGUUGGAUCGCUUAUGCAGCAAGGCUCUGAAUUAAUGCCCAAGGCACUCUCCACUAGAAUUAUUGGUGGAAUCUGGUGGUUCUUCACCCUGAUUAUUAUUUCUUCUUACACUGCCAACAUGGCUGCCUUCCUGACUGUGGAGCGAAUGGAGUCUCCAGUGGACUCAGCAGAUGACCUGGCCAAGCAAACUAAAAUUGAAUAUGGUGUUGUAAAGGACGGUGCUACUAUGACAUUUUUCAAGGUGUUUCUAUUUGUUUACAGGAAAUCAAAAAUCUCCACUUUUGAGAAGAUGUGGGCAUUUAUGAGCAGUAAACAAAACGCUCUCGUCAAAAAUAAUGAUGAAGGAAUCCAGCGUGUUCUCAGGGCUGAUUAUGCCUUUUUAAUGGAAUCUACAACUAUUGAAUAUAUCACUCAAAGAAACUGCAACCUGACCCAGAUAGGAGGCUUGAUAGACUCUAAAGGGUACGGGAUUGGAACCCCCAUGGGUAGAGCUUCUCCCUAUAGGGAUAAGAUCACUAUUGCAAUUCUCAACUUCAAGAGGAGGGCAAGCUGUCACAUGUUAAAGGAAAAGUGGUGGCGAGGAAGUGGAUGUCCCUGACGAUGAAAAGAAAGGGAAAAACGAGCGCACUGUGGAAUACAGAAUAUUGUGGAGGCAUCUUUGUGUGUGCUGGCAGCAGGACUUGUGCUUUCCGUAUUUGUAGCAAUAGGGGAGUUUGUGGUACAUAGGCCUGAGGAAAACUGCGAGGAAGCCGUGAAUCAGCCAGUGUGCAUGUGCGUCGUAUACCUGAGGAAGCGACAGCAGCAGAAUGCACUGUGUGAAGAAGAGAUCUUUCCUGCAGUGCUAUGGGCAGAUGAAAUACGAUUAUCAUUUACUUGUGAGAGGAGAGUAAAACACAAACCUCAGCCCCCAGUUAUGGUAAAGACUGAUGCAGUAAUCAACAUGCACACUUUCAAUGACCGAAGACUUCCAGGAAAAGACAACAUGACAUGUAACACUGGGUUAACACCGGUUGUUCCCUUGAAGUAAACAAAAAAAAAGGCUUUUUAAUACUAUAAACAGAGAGAAAAAUACCUUUGGGGGUUUUGAACAACAAAAAUUAAUAACAGCAAAAUAAUCUGCAGUUAAUCACAGUGAUUUUCUAUAUUGUGGAAGAGAAACUUGUGGAGGAAAUUGUGGCUUCUGAAAGGAGGAUCAGAUAAUGUAUCGGUGCUCAGACCACCUGUGUUUAAUUACUCUACAAAUAAUGACAAACAUAAAGUAGAACACAAGUGACUGGGGGAAAUGUGACGAGAAAAAAAGA